UAUAAAGAUCGACUGGGGGGAUGGUGGAAGAUUUUUGGUCUCUUCAGCAGCGUCUUUUCUUAAGCGGCAGCAGCAGCAGGAGGAAAAGCAGCCCCAGCUAUGACUGCCGCAUGUUAAUAGCUGCCGCUUGGGUCUCUCGGCUGCUGGAGACCGAGCCUGACUCCGAAGUUGUGCAACUGUGGACUCGGAGAGACAUUUGAACCCUCCACUCUUUUUGCUCCGUUUUUACCCCCUUAGUGUGUGUGAAGCGAGGAACGUAAAGGAAGACAAGCAUUUGGUUCUUCUCCCCCCACCCCACCCCCUUCCCCUUCUCCAUGGCUGUGUAGCAGAAGAAAGGGGGAAGGAGAGACUUUUUGUUGUUUCCUUGGCUGGGGUCUCCACCCUCCUGCCGCCUUCUCUGCGCUUUGGUUACCAUUCUUGGACGCGGGUGGUGGGGGUGUCUUCGCAGGGGCUGCUCGGUCUGCUGCCCCAGGCUCCAUGGCUGGAUUGUGGAAAUUGCACCCGGCUGCAGGUUGUUGAGCAGCUGAUGGGACGAUCUCAGGGACCGGCGGUUGCGAAAGAAAUGUUUAAAUGUUCGAUAUAUCGGAGGAAAAAAACAUGGAUUUUUAACAACUGAAGAGCAAAUUAAGGAUUCGGAUUUGAGAUAUUGGUGUUUCCGUUUUUAAGGAAUAUUUCUUUUUGAAUUUUUUUUUUUAAAUCAUCGGUCUUGGAAUACAGAGGAAGAACCUGAAAGACACUUAUUUUGUUUCAAGUUUGCAACACUCUUGAGGCACUCUCACGCCCGGGUACACAACCAUGUGGCCAUCACAGCUACUAGUCUUCAUGAUGCUCUUAGCGCCAGUAGUUCAUGGUGGCAAGCACAGUGAGCGAUAUCCAGCCGUCGCUGCUCCGCUGCGACACGCAGAGCGCAGCCCAGGAGGCGCUCUCCCUCCCAGACAUCUGCUUCAGCAGCCAUCUGCCGAGCGCGCUGCUGCUCAUCGCGGACAAGGGCCCCGUGGAACUACCAGAGGAGUUCGUGGUCCAGGUGCGCCAGGAGCCCAGAUUGCAGCCCAAGCUUUCAGCCGCGCCCCCAUUCCGAUGGCCGUGGUGCGCAGAGAGCUGUCCUGUGAGAGCUACCCCAUAGAGCUCCGCUGUCCAGGAACAGAUGUUAUCAUGAUCGAGAGCGCCAACUAUGGGAGGACCGACGACAAAAUCUGUGACUCUGACCCCGCUCAGAUGGAGAAUAUCCGAUGCUAUCUGCCUGAUGCCUAUAAGAUUAUGUCUCAAAGGUGCAAUAACAGAACCCAGUGUGCAGUGGUGGCGGGUCCUGAUGUUUUUCCAGACCCAUGUCCGGGAACCUAUAAAUACCUUGAAGUGCAGUAUGAAUGUGUUCCUUACAAAGUGGAACAAAAAGUUUUUCUUUGUCCCGGACUGCUCAAGGGAGUCUACCAGAGUGAACAUUUGUUCGAGUCCGACCACCAGUCUGGGGCUUGGUGCAAAGACCCCCUGCAGGCUUCUGACAAGAUUUAUUACAUGCCCUGGACACCCUACAGAACUGACACCCUGACUGAGUACUCAUCCAAGGACGACUUCAUUGCCGGAAGGCCAACCACAACCUACAAGCUGCCCCACAGGGUGGACGGCACCGGGUUUGUCGUGUACGACGGAGCCCUGUUCUUCAAUAAAGAGCGUACCAGGAACAUAGUGAAGUUCGAUUUGCGGACUAGGAUAAAGAGCGGAGAGGCCAUCAUAGCCAAUGCCAAUUACCACGAUACCUCGCCUUACCGCUGGGGAGGCAAGUCUGACAUAGACCUGGCAGUGGAUGAGAAUGGGCUGUGGGUAAUCUAUGCAACAGAACAGAACAAUGGUAAAAUCGUCAUUAGCCAGUUGAACCCUUACACCCUACGGAUUGAAGGGACGUGGGACACUGCAUAUGAUAAAAGGUCGGCUUCUAAUGCAUUUAUGAUAUGUGGGAUUCUGUAUGUGGUCAAGUCUGUAUACGAGGAUGAUGACAACGAGGCCACCGGGAAUAAGAUUGACUACAUUUACAACACCGACCAAAGUAAGGAUGGUUUGGUGGAUGUCCCCUUUCCCAAUUCCUAUCAGUACAUAGCCGCUGUGGAUUACAACCCCAGGGACAACCUUCUCUACGUCUGGAAUAACUAUCAUGUCGUGAAGUAUUCUCUGGAUUUUGGACCUCUGGAUAGUAGAUCAGGACAGGCACAUCAUGGACAGGUUUCAUACAUCUCUCCACCAAUUCACCUUGACUCUGAGCUAGAACGACCCCCGGUUAGAGAAAUCUCUACCACAGGACCUCUUGGCGCGGGAAACACCACCAGCACUACCCUUCGGACCACAACUUGGGGUGCAGGCAGGAGUACCACCCCCUCGGCAUCAGGAAGGAGAAACCGGAGUACCAGCAGCCCGUCUCCAGCCGUUGAGGUACUUGAUGAUAUUACCACACACCUACCAUCAGCAUCAUCCCAAGUGCCAGCUCUAGAAGAGAGCUGCGAGGCUGUGGAAGCUCGAGAAAUCAUGUGGUUUAAGACCCGUCAGGGACAGACAGCAAAGCAGCCGUGCCCAGGAACCAUAGGAGUGUCAACCUACCUCUGCCUGGCUCCUGAUGGAAUCUGGGAUCCCCAAGGACCAGAUCUUAGCAACUGUUCUUCUCCUUGGGUCAACCAUAUAACCCAGAAGUUGAAAUCUGGAGAGACAGCUGCCAACAUCGCUAGAGAGCUAGCAGAACAGACAAGAAAUCAUUUGAAUGCUGGAGACAUCACUUACUCUGUCCGUGCCAUGGAUCAGCUGGUAGGGCUCCUGGAUGUACAGCUCCGGAACUUGACCCCAGGGGGAAAGGACAGUGCUGCACGCAGUUUGAACAAGCUUCAGAAAAGAGAGCGCUCUUGCAGAGCCUAUGUCCAGGCAAUGGUUGAGACAGUUAACAACCUCCUCCAGCCACAAGCCCUGAAUGCGUGGAGAGACCUGACUACAAGUGAUCAACUACGUGCAGCCACCAUGUUGCUUGACACAGUGGAGGAAAGUGCUUUUGUGCUGGCCGAUAACCUUUUGAAGACAGACAUCGUCAGGGAGAACACAGACAAUAUUCAACUGGAAGUUGCGCGGCUGAGCACGGAAGGAAACUUAGAAGAUCUGAAGUUUCCAGAGAACAUGGGUCAUGGAAGCACCAUCCAGCUUUCUGCAAAUACUCUGAAGCAAAAUGGCCGAAAUGGAGAGAUCAGAGUGGCCUUUGUUCUGUAUAACAACUUGGGUCCUUAUUUGUCCACGGAGAAUGCAAGCAUGAAGUUGGGAACAGAGGCUAUGUCUACCAACCAUUCAGUUAUUGUCAAUUCCCCAGUUAUUACAGCAGCAAUAAACAAGGAGUUCAGUAAUAAGGUUUAUUUGGCUGAUCCUGUGGUGUUCACAGUUAAACAUAUCAAGCAGUCCGAGGAAAAUUUCAAUCCUAACUGUUCAUUUUGGAGCUAUUCCAAGCGUACGAUGACAGGCUAUUGGUCAACCCAAGGCUGUCGGCUCCUGACAACCAAUAAGACACAUACUACGUGCUCCUGUAACCACCACAACUUUGCAGUUCUGAUGGCACAUGUGGAAGUUAAGCACAGUGACGCAGUCCAUGACCUUCUUCUGGAUGUGAUCACCUGGGUUGGAAUUUUGCUGUCCCUUGUUUGUCUCCUGAUUUGCAUCUUCACAUUUUGCUUUUUCCGUGGGCUUCAGAGUGACCGAAACACCAUCCACAAGAACCUCUGUAUCAGCCUUUUUGUAGCAGAACUGCUCUUCCUAAUUGGGAUCAACCGAACAGACCAACCAAUCGCCUGUGCAGUUUUUGCUGCCCUCCUGCAUUUCUUCUUCUUGGCUGCCUUCACCUGGAUGUUCCUGGAGGGAGUGCAGCUCUACAUCAUGCUGGUGGAGGUUUUUGAGAGUGAACAUUCACGUAGGAAAUACUUUUACCUGGUCGGCUAUGGGAUGCCUGCCCUCAUUGUGGCUGUGUCAGCUGCAGUAGACUACAGGAGUUAUGGAACAGAUAAAGUAUGUUGGCUCCGACUUGACACCUACUUCAUUUGGAGUUUUAUAGGACCAGCGACCUUGAUAAUUAUGCUUAAUGUAAUCUUCCUUGGGAUUGCUUUGUAUAAAAUGUUUCAUCACACUGCCAUUCUGAAACCUGAAUCUGGCUGCCUUGAUAAUAUCAACUAUGAGGAUAACAGACCCUUCAUCAAGUCAUGGGUUAUAGGUGCAAUAGCUCUUCUCUGCCUAUUAGGAUUGACCUGGGCCUUUGGACUCAUGUAUAUUAAUGAAAGCACAGUCAUCAUGGCGUAUCUCUUCACCAUUUUCAAUUCUCUACAGGGAAUGUUUAUAUUCAUUUUCCACUGUGUCCUACAAAAGAAGGUACGGAAAGAGUAUGGGAAGUGCCUGCGAACGCACUGUUGUAGUGGCAAAAGUACAGAGAGUUCCAUUGGCUCAGGGAAAACGUCUGGUUCUCGAACUCCUGGGCGCUACUCCACAGGCUCACAGAGCCGAAUUCGUAGAAUGUGGAAUGACACGGUCCGAAAGCAGUCAGAGUCUUCCUUCAUUACUGGAGAUAUAAACAGUUCAGCAUCACUCAACAGAGGAGCCAUGGCUAAUCAUCUCAUAAGCAAUGCUCUGCUUCGUCCGCAUGGUACUAACAAUCCCUAUAAUACAUUGCUUGGGGAACCGGCGGUCUGUAACAACCCUUCUGUCAGCAUGUACAACGCACAAGAGCCGUACAGAGAGACAAAGGGGCUUCUGAACAAUGCCAGGGAUACAAGUGUCAUGGAUACUCUACCACUGAAUGGUAACCAUGGCAAUAGUUACAGCAUUGCCAGCGGGGAAUACCUGAGCAACUGUGUGCAAAUCAUAGACCGUGGCUAUAACCAUAACGAGACCGCCCUAGAGAAAAAGAUUCUGAAGGAACUCACUUCCAACUAUAUCCCGUCUUACCUGAAUAACCACGAGCGCUCCAGCAGCGAACAGAACCGGAAUCUGAUGAACAAGCUGGUGAAUAACCUGGGCAGUGGGAGUGAAGAUAAUGCCAUUGUCCUGGAUGAUGCCACCUCCUUUAACCAUGAAGAGAGUCUGGGCCUGGAACUUAUUCAUGAGGAAUCAGAUGCUCCUUUGCUGCCCCCAAGAGUUUACUCCACAGAGAACCACCAGCCACACCAUUACACCAGAAGGCGGAUCCCCCAGGACCACAGUGAGAGCUUUUUCCCGUUGCUAACCAACGAGCACACAGAAGAUCUCCAGUCACCCCACAGGGACUCUCUCUACACCAGCAUGCCGCACUGGCUGGUGUGCCUGCGGCAGAGAGCGUUACCACCAGCACCCAGACGGAACCCCCACCGGCCAAGUGUGGUGAUGCCGAAGAUGUUUACUACAAAAGCAUGCCAAACCUAGGCUCCAGAAACCACGUCCAUCAGCUGCACACCUACUACCAGCUAGGUCGCGGUAGCAGUGACGGAUUUAUAGUUCCUCCAAACAAAGAUGGGACCCCCCCAGAAGGAAGUUCAAAAGGACCUGCUCAUUUGGUCACUAGCCUAUAGAAGAUGACAGGACGUUAAGCCAACAAAACUGCGAACACCUGGUUGACUGUUCUGAGUUGAUAUAAGCAGUGGUAAUAAUGUGUGUACUCCUAAAUCUUUAUGCUGUUCUUGAACGACAAACACAAACUCUCAGAUUCCUUUUUUUUAAAAAAAAAAAAACAAAAAACUUGGAUUUUUAGGUCAGCCCAGGGGAGACAGAUAACUGCUGAAAUCCCCCUGUGCCCUCUGCUUUCCUGUCCUUUCCCCCCUCAGAUGGAGACUUCAUUAUGUUAAUGAACGAGACACGAAGAAAAUGGCGCUCAUUGUGGCCUUGUUGAAUUAUGUUGUGUUUGUUCUAACAUCUCUGAUGCUCUGUUACUAUAAUUACAAGGACCUGAUUUUUUUAAAGGCCAGAACGGUUGUUUGAAAUGAGUAACAAUGCUGCAUCUAGAUUGGAGUGCUGCACAAACAGAAACGCAAAGCAAACUCUAUCACAUAGUGGAUUUUAGUCACUCACAACCUGAAUUCAUCAUAGCAGGAAUAGCUGUGGUGUGCAAAAUAAAACAACAAAAUCAAUAAUGAGAUGGAGAGGAAUUCUAGAAUUAUAUGCUAAAUGCAUAUUUUAUGAUUUGCUGUAUUAACUGAUGAUAAAACUAAUGGCAGAAAAAAAAAUGAACAAUUUCUAUGUAAUGUACAGAUACUAGCAUUGCACAUGUAGUCUGCUUUCUGUUCCUCCAGAAUUUGAGUCCUGUUAAUGUAGUGGAAAAAAAAGAAAUUUUCUUUUUCUUUCGUGCUGGUCUUGCAAGUUUGUCUACCAGUAGGAGAGCAAAGAUUCCUUCCUUUCUUCUUUCUUUUCUUUCUUCUUUGUUUCCUCUUUCCUUUCUUUUUUUUUUUUUUUUUGCCUUUUUUUUUCCUUUAAAAUUUCAUCUGGCAAAAAAAUAAAUAAAUAAAUAAAUGAAGCUAUCACUUUAUAAAAAUCAUUUUCUAGUAAUGCAAACAAAUUAUUUUUUACAAAAAAAUAAAUAAAAUAAAUAAAAUUAGACUUCCUUCCCUCACUAUAUAUCUUUAUUCAGUCAGAAUAUUUCUGAGAGCAUUUUUGCAAAUUAGAGCAGGAAGAACUUUUCUGUUUACAGUGCACAUCUGUUGUAAUGCAAAGCAUAUUUGGCAAGCAGUUCAUCACGAAGACAGUAGCUAUGAUUCUAGAAGUCAAGAGGUGUCAAUAGAACUAGUGGGGCUUCUGCAUGUUAAAAAUGGUAUCCCAUAGGUGUGAAAGUGCUGAAUGCUCGUCUGAUCUCCACGUGGGCACCCGCACUACCAAUUUUUAAAAGAAACUCACUCCCUUAUAGAAAGAAUCGAAAGGUCAAGUUAUUUUGAAGCGAUUUUUUAAAAAGCCUCUUCUGUUUAUUAACAGGAAAGUUUAUUUAUUUGACAGGAUUUUAAGUAAUGUAGGAAUAUAUGAGGUAAAUUAGCACAUAUAAUUUUUUUUUAAAUUUAUGAUCCAUUUUGUAUGGUCUCAAAGUUGGAUGACCUCAUUACUAAUAUUUGUUGUAAAAGUGAAACUUGUUUGCCAACCAAUAAACAACUGAUUGAGAUUUAGAAGAUAUUGUAUUGAUGUAUGUACUAUAUGAUUAAUUAUUCUUUUUCAUUUUUCUUGCCUUUCUUUCUGUUUUCAAUGUAUAAACUUUGCUAAACCUCUAUGGCCCAAAUGAGCCAUGCAAAAGAAAUCAAUCAGCCUAAAUGAAAAACUAAGCACAAAAUUAUACAGUUUUUGCAGACAAAGUAAUCCAGAAAAAUGGGAUGGGCAUGUUUAUGCUGGCUAAAAUGAGAUGCAUAAACUUACUUUCGGGCAGGUUAAUAUAUAGGUUACUGUGUGCUUAUUUAUAAACCAGCUUCAGUUGUACUGCUUAUUAUAAAAGUCAGCUUUAAUCAGAGAUUUUUAAGUAUUGAAUUGGGAGAGUGUGAAUCAUAUUUUUUUCCUCCCUUAUGAGCUUCAUUUUGAUGUUGGAAAUUUAAAUUCACUCAAUUGGCUAACAGCUGCAAGAAUAAUGCAAAAAGAAUAUCCAUUUUAUAAAGACAGUUUAAGACAUUUUUUAUGCUAACUUUUUGUUUAACCUGUAUAAGGUUAAAAUGGGAGGGGAAAAGUCCUUUCAGAACAACUUUCUAGAUGCCCAGUUACUGAAGAGUCUUUACCAGCAGUGUCCAAGCAUAGAGACCCUCCCAGGUCUAAGAAUGAAUUUACUGAAUUAUCAUUUCUAUUAUGGGAUAUCAUGGUAAUUUCUUUUUCUUUAUUUUUUUCAAAAAAAAAAAAGCUAAACACCAGCCACCUAUAAAUUAAUUUCUUAAAUUAUGAGGAGGAGUAGUUUAGAGAAUAGUCAGUAAUCUAUAUAUGCAGUUUUAAACUAUAUGACAAAAGAAAAAAUUCUGUUCUGGGCCAGAAUACAUCAUAACUUUAAUAUCACCUCAAAAUAUUGUAUGUGUAAUUCCUCUUUAGUCACUUGAGGCAUUUUUUAAGUCUACAGAUCUUCUCUAAGUCACAGGAGACCCACAAGCUUUAAUAGUAACUAGGUUUUCUCAUGCCAUAUAUGGCAACACUAGCCCUGGAAAGGUGGUUAGCCUAUAGGUUACACAGAAGACAUUUGGUACUGAAAGAAUCCUUCUUAGACAUGUUUAAGGUAACUUCAGAAACACAAUGUAGUCUGUGAUUAUGAGUACUUAGGCUUGUUAUGCCAAUCCAGCAGUAAUUUUUACGAAAGCAGCUCCAUCCAUCAGAAGCAAGUUUCACAGAAUAAUGGGGAAACUACCUCAAUUCAGGUUGCUGAUGCUGCCAAUUCUUGAUUUUUGAUAUUGCUACCUCCCUGCCCAUUAUCUUUUGUGUUUCAUUAUAUGGAAAUUGGAAGCAGAUAGCCUCCCCAGCUCUACACAGGCCAAGUUGAAGAAAAUCAGUUGAGCACAUAAACUGGUGCAGAAAGCCAUUCAGUCCUGUUAGUGACUACCAAGCUCCUACAUUAAGAUGAAAGGCUGAGAUUUCUGAACUUGCAUUUAUCAUAAUUGGUGUGCUUUCAGAGAGACUUAAGAUCCCAAAGACGUUUUGACAGGAAGAGAUUAUUCUCCUCAAAUUCGAUGUGACUAUCGUGAAAACAAAACAGUGGAUAAGAGUUAAUUAUGUAUACAUUGCAAUAGAAAUUUGUGUAUAUCAAACAUUCAUUUAGUCCACUUUACUCAUUACACUAGCAAGGAUUUUAUUCACUUGAAUAUUUCUUUUUCACAUGCAUUUUCAUGCGUAGCAAUUGAUAAAUUAAUAACUUUAAAAUUCUCUUGGUAUGACCAUCUAUGACUCUAUUUUUAAUAUACCCUUUGAUGGUCAUGAUUUACUUAUUUGAAUAUUUCUGAUGUGUUUAUCUGAUUUUUCAUUAAGAAGUAAAUUUUUAUCAAACAUACAAUAUAUGCAUAGCACAUUAUUUGGAUAGCUGGAGGCAAAAUUUAUGCCAAUAAAACGAACAAAUUAUUAUUUCCAAGUAAAAUGAUGUUUUUAUAACAUUUUACGCUUGAACUUUUUUUCCUCUUUGGGGGCUAUUUCCCAUGAUAUAUUAUCAGGACACUAGCUAACAAACUUCAUGUUUAGUUGAUUCAGAAAUUGUUGGGUUGUCAUAUCGCCCAUGUUCCUAAUUAAUAAUAUUUAUGGAGAAAUCUAAAUUUUUGAUAGAGAAAUAUGAUGGAAUUCCAAUUAAACUUUUUGAGCAUCUGUCUUUGUUUUCACUCUAUUAAAGUUAAAAAUAUUGUAGUUAAAUAAUAAAUUGCUAUGCUAAAAUAGUCAUAAUGACAAAAAACUGGCAUGAAAACAAUUCUCUUGAGAUAAAAAUAAUCAGAAAAUAUAGAUACCAAAUGCAGGUAAUGGAGACCCCCUUAACUUCCUAUAAUACAAAUUCAAGUUCAAAUAUAAUUUAUGAUGUAUAUUUUUAAUGUCCCCAUUAAUCUAAAAAUGUUAACAUAUUGAUGAAAGUUCUUUAAGAUUUCAUUUUUUAAUAUUAACUUGGCAUGACAAAAGUUUUCAUAAAACUAGAGUAAGUAUAUAAGUGAAUUAGUAAUAUUUAUAAAGAACCCAUAGACUUAAAAUUUAGGCAAUAUCUUCCCACAUGUUCAAAUCUGUUGAUUAAUUCACUUACUUUUAAAAAUGACAUUAAAAAUUGCUUCAAAGAUUGACUUUCUGCCUUAUUAUAGAGACAAAUGGGAGAGGAAGAUAUUUCAUCCGGGUUGUCUAAAAGAUCAACUUCACACUAAUCAAUCGUCACUUUCUAUUAGUGAAAGAAUAAUUCAUUUUUAGAAGUUGUCCAUCAGUACGGUACCAAAGUGCUAUUGCUUGUGACAUUUUUCAAAAAACAGAAAACACUGAAGAACUACUACACAGUCAAUUCAGAUUUAGAGAGAAAGAACUCAAACCCUAAUUUGAUUUUAAGCAAUUCUGAAAAUAUUGACAAGAAUGCUCUUUCUUCUCUAACAAAUAUAGUUAAGAUAAAAUAUGUAUGAUCUUCCCCGUAUAUUAUAGUAUCAAGGUAUUAGGAUUAAUUAUGUUUAGUAAUUCAUAAUUGUGGCUCACGACAUAAAUAAUUAUUAUGCAUUUCUAAGUAAUACUUUAAAUAUAUCUUACGUUACAUCUCUGCACAUCAAUAAAUUGGGAAGACAGAAGAACACACAUGAGGCGACGACAUUGCAAAAUAGCUAUGGAAGCAUUUUUGUGCCAGUACAUUCUACAAGGAAAGCUUCUUUCAGUUCCUAAAAUAGAUUCAGUGGAUCCCAACUGUAAACUCAGUUUUGUAAUCAGCAUACAGGUCCCUCUUAAACCAUCUGAAAAAGAUUGCUAAGUAUCUAAAUUUUCAUUUCUAGCCUAGAAUAAGUUAAAGUGUUGGUAACGGCUUCUUUCCUGCUGAGGCAGUAAGAGGAAUCUCUCCUAUUUACUAAUUAACCUGAUGAUUUCCUCUUUGCUUUAAAAGGGAAAUCAAUCUUUAGUUUCCACCUAAACACAUACUUAGGCACUCCAUUCCUUUUAUUUUCAGUUUGCAGGGGAAAUAGCUUGUUUGCAAUAUGACAAACUUUGUGAUUUUUGUGAUGAAACAGGUAGUUAUUAUAAUUUUGCAUACUCUCAUUUGAAAUGAAGUUACUGCUAUUCCCUCUUUUUUAAAAAAAAUAUGUCGGCACUUUUUAACAUCUAGGAUCUUUAUUAUCCAAUGCCUUUAUUUCAACUAUGUUUUGAUGUUUCUCUCUCUUAAUAGCAGGUCAUGCAAAUUUUUUAAAUUUGUGUCCCUUUAGAGUGUUUCAGAGGUAACCACGAACUACGAUUUUUAAGAAGGCAAGUGAAAGGAGAACUUUGAUUUCUGUGAAGAAGUCAAGGAAGACUAUACAAGAUAAAAACCUCUAUUGGGAUAAUGCAGUCUUUUUAAUCAUGAUAUCAGCAAAACCAAGCUGGCAAAUUUAUGGUAAGGUAGCUGAAGCUAGAGAAAAAAAAUUUCCAUGAAAAAAUAAUGAAAAACCUUAAACACUGUACCAAAUUCCAUUGAUAUGUUAAAAAAAAUUAAAACUGAAGUUAAACAUGUUAUAAUUUUAACCUGCCGAUUCCACUGAAAAUACUAAACACUUUUAACGCUCUUUAGAUAUUUUUUUGUGUAGCUACACUUUGUCUCAAAAAACAUAAAUAUUUCUUAAAUAUAGGUAUUUUUGCUCAAUUCACGUUCACUAAUCUGCUUACUCUCUUGUAUGCCAACACAGUUAAUGCUACGAGUAGCUUUGUACAUUUUAGAGCUUUAUUAUGAAUCUUUCUAAUAAACAUUAAAUUAAUAUUAAAUUGGAAUUAUGUACAUUGUGAAAAAUAAUUCAUAACCAAGCAAUAUCCAUAUUAUAGGAUAAUUCAUUAUAUAUAUGAGUAUUACUUUGAGACUGAACAAAUAAUUAUGCUGCUGAAAAUAUUACUCUCAAGUCCUUCUCUCUCUUCAAUUAUUGUAGUCAAUUCAUAAAAUUCUGCAGACAGUUGUGCCCGUGAUGUGUUAUCAAAGUACUCCAUAAUCCAAAUGUGUCUAAAAGUAUUCCCAAGGCUUCUUUCAUUCUAAAAUGCUAAAGGAAAGAGCUUGAAAGAAGAGAGAGAAAGUAAAUUUGUCUUCUAAGGGUCUAAUUUAGAUAAACGUUGUCACUGAGAAUGAAUAAUUUUAAAAUGAGAAUGUUGCACUCUGUGAUCUGAGGGAGAGAUUAUUAAAGACUUACUGUUAGUCCAAUAUUGGAGGACUUCAGAUUUUAAAGGCGUUAAGUUUGUCUCAAUGGCCCAAGACUGCAGAAUCUCACACUACAUUGGCAAAGAAGUAUUAUUUAAAAUCUGUACCUAAAGUGGCUUUUUACAGGUUAAUUCCUCUGAGUUUUCUGAAGGUGAAAUUGGCAAAAUAGUCCUUGCUUCAAAAUGAAAUGUAUUGGUUGACCUCAAAAACAAAAUGUUUGGCAAAAUUCAUGAGUGUCCUCAAGCCUUUAAUAGAAAGUAGAGGUCUUGGGGGAUGGACUCACAAUACACUGACUAGAACAGAGUGUCCUCUUAUGCCGACCACUGCCUAGGCCUCUGAAACCUUUUUUAAUGCCUUGAAUUUCAACUUGUCACAAUGUCUUAUGUUUUGAAUGACAUUAUGAAUCAAGAGAGAUGAGGAAAAAACAAUAAAAGUUGGUUUUCAUGCCUCAUUUGAAAUAAAGAUUUCCUUUACCAUCCUAAGUAAUAAAAGAUGAUAUGUCUUGAAACAGCUGUGGACAAUCAAAAUGUGUUCAUUUAUAAACAAGACUUCUUUGUAUAGUCUAACUCUGAUCUUUGCCUAUGAAUUACAAAGACAAGAAUUGCAGGAAGAGUCAACUUGACUUCCUUUAAUGGCUUCUGUGAAUGUACUGGAAAGUGGAAGAAUAAUUUGGAAAAGUUUUCAUGCUGUUUUCGCAUUUGCCUAGCAUUGAAUCUAAUUCAAGAUGCAUCUUUUCAAAAAAAAAAAAAAAGAUAGUUUAUUUUAAAAACUAACCACUAAUUAAGCUAUUUCUCAUUGACAAGAAAAAAUCACUUUUUUAGGAACAAGAAAUAGUUGUUGCAGGAUUUGGUCUCUUACAUUCUCAUAUAUUUACACAUGACAUUAAUCUCAUCAUAGACACCUACCAGAUUUCAAUAUGUUGGAUUUUUUUUUCCCCUUGUUCAAGCUUUCCAACAUUUUUUUCUUCCUUAAAUGCUCUGUACAAUCACAUGUAAAAUCAUGAGCUACAAACCUCAAUAAAAACAAUCUCAGUAAACAAGAA